AAAUAGGAACAUGCCACAAGAAGAUAAGUACGCCAGGCAAUUAUAUCCAAUUGGCACGCACGAUGUUAAUGUGCCUAUAAAUAUGGCCAGCACACACUGCAAGAGCUUCAUUGCUAAACAAAAGAAGCAUGUCUAAUCAUCAUCACGUAGUUCAGACCUCGCCACCGAAACUAUUCGGUUUCCCACUAACAGAGCAGGAGGAAUUGAAUUCAGAUGCAGAAAGAAAAUACGAGGUUGGAGAGGACAGAAAAUUCAGAUGCCACUACUGCAAACGAGUAUUCGGAAACUCUCAGGCCUUAGGGGGCCACCAAAACGCCCACAAGAAAGAGCGUCAGAGGGCGAGGCGUUUCCAAAUCCACACUCAUAGACGCUCCAUUGCAGCACCAUCUUCUGCUUCUGUUCUCAACUCACAUGCAAUAAUAAGAUCAGUACCUUCAGUUACAGUUACUACGCUACCCUCCUCCAUUUACUUACGAGGAGGCCCUCCUACUACUUCUUCUCUUCUACCCAUCUUCCAUCCUCGUCAACCCAAUAACACUAAGCACUUCCCAUCACGGCCCAUUUUGAUUCCUUCUUCCACCUACCACCGUACUAAUUGCACUCCAUCCUUUCCUUUUCAGCUUUAUGCCUCACCCUCUGUACUGCAAUCUGCUCCUAACGUCCGUGAUUUUUCUGCUGAGAGCAGGGAAGUUGAUGUCCAUCUCAAAUUAUAACUCUUAGAUUGAUUAUUAUUAAUUUUUUUAGUGCUAGUUUCUAGCUGCUUCAGCCUUCUUUGCUCCAAAUAGAUCUUAUCUUUUUUUCUCGCCCCUUCAGAUUAUGCGAGCUUGCUUUACCAAUUAUUGGCUCGAAUAGUUAAACAGUACUUUCCAGAGUAGGAGCUAGACACUGUAGUGUGGUAAAUCCCCCAGUCCUUAUAUUUCAUUUUACUACUAUAUAGCCAAAACUUGCAUGUAAAUCAGAUCAGCAAAAAAAAAAAAAAAAUGAAACAUUAUCAUUCCCUGCUAA